AAUAGGUACUGAAAGCGUUCACCAUUAUUUCCCCGUAAACGCUUAAAUCGGAGGUAAACGCUUAAAUCGGAGGUAAAUUCUGGAAUCAGAAAAAAGAAAGUAAGAUGUGUCAUUCAGGACAUAUGAAGGAGACUAAGAGUUGAAGUCGAAUACCUUACAGUACAAAGCUGUGUUUGUUCUACUCCACGAUCUUUCGUCUCAAGGAAAUACACCACCAUGAUAUCGAGCAUUUGAGAAGGUUGAACCAAAAGAAUCUCUACUCUCUGGUAUUUUCAUGUCUUUGAAAUGGAGAAAAGCUGCAUCGAACGACAGGAAGAAGAGCUGCAAGCUCUUCAAGCUAUUUACAUGGACGACUUCCAGGAUUUGAGAGAAAAGCCUGAUGAACCUCCAAAGGUUUGUUUGAAGUUGACUCCAUUACAGAGUGUUGUGGCCAAAGAGGUAUAUGCUAGAGUUGAUUUGAUCAUACUUUACACAGCGGACUAUCCAAAUCGGAGUCCAAAGCUGUCUCUGGGCAGUGCGGAAGGUAUUUCAGGGGAAGAUGUAAAUGAACUUCAAAAUGAGCUUCAAGAUAUGGCAGCAGAUCUUGUUGGUGAUGUUAUGGUUCUGCAAUUAGCACAUUAUGUUCAAACACGUCUUCUCCAAGACAAUAAACCCAAGUUAUCAUUAUAUGAUGGAAUGUUAGCUGAAGAGAGAAUCCUAGCUGCCGAGCACCAAAGACUACAGAUGGAUUUUGAAGCUAACAAAGAACAAGAAGAAGAUGAGGAAAAGAACACCGAGACAGACCCGGCGGCUCAGAGUGCAAAGAAGAAAGAUGCUGACACCAGCCCAACAAAAGAUGCGCCAGUUCAUAGAAAGCAAUCUGGAAAUUCCGUGACACCUUUACAAGUCUCUCCCUCGUCUCAGGAAACAGAGGGAAGGCCCGCUGGCUACAAUGUCAUGAGGCGAAGUCGGAGCUCUGAAAGACUGGGUGAUGAAUCCUUCACAGGAACACGAGUGAUCCACUUCACCAGCGGAGGGGGGCACACAGUACAUUGUGGAAAAUGCCUUGGUCAAGGAUCAUCUGGUUCAAAAGUGUACAGUGGCAUGAACAUCACCAAAGGUGAUCUGGUCGUGAUGCGUGAAUGGGUUUUGUCGUCACUUCAUGUAGGACCUCAGAUGCGACGCACACUGAGUAUCACUGAAAACCAGCAGCAAGACCCUCAAGCAAGACUCAUGAAACAGGUUCUCAGUAUAGAGCAGGAGACCCUGUCCCUUAUUAGCCGCGUCCGUCAUCCAAACCUGACUCACUAUUUAGCUGUUAAUGUCCAGGAAGAGUCUCCUACUGUCAAAGUCCAGGUUUUGUUAGAAUAUGUUGGUGGCGGCAACCUUUUAAGUCUACAUCUCAGGAAAGGAGGGCUACCUGUGGCACAGCUACGAGAAUACACUCAGCAACUUGUGGAAGCCCUGUACUAUCUUCACAGCAGUGCUGUGGUCCAUAAGGACUUGAGGCUAUCUAGUUGCCGCCUUGACUCUUACGGAAAUGUACGUCUCGCCGAUUACAGUGUUGGGAAAAGGCUGUCAGAUCUGUACCAAGUGUAUGGUGGAAAUGGGAAACAUACACAAAGUAACGCUGCGAAGGAAAACAACAUAACAACCUCUCGCUAUGGAAAGAAAGGAGAUGUCUACAGUUUGGGUCUGCUGGUCUUCUCUUUGGCUGUGGGAUAUAAAAUAAUUGAAGACGUGAAAGACAUACCUGCUUCAUUUCCGUCGGCGCUGCACGACUUCCUUUGCAAUUGCUUGAAGAGCGACGAAAGAAACCGGUGGUCUGCAUCUCAGCUUCGGGAACAUCCGUUUUUAACCCCGGUUAUAUCCAGUAGUUUAGCGAAAGGCCAACAGGAAGUUGAAAGGGACAAUGGAAAUGCAGAGGAUGCUGGGCCAUCUGUCCUGAUCGACCUACCGGAAAGCGAGGAGCCUGUGCCCCAGUUCUCAUUCUUCACGGGAGUUUCCGGAAAUUCCCGUAUUACAUGCGAUUUUGAGCAGCUGGGGUUUCUCGGCAAAGGAAGCUUUGGAAACGUUAUCAAGGCACGAAGUAAGCUGGACAACUGCUUUUACGCUGUGAAGCGGAUUCCUCUUGACACAAAGAGCAUUCAGUUUAUCAUGCGUGAGGUACAGGUCAUGAGCAAGCUGAAUCAUGGAAAUGUCGUUAAAUAUUACAAUUCUUGGCUUGAAAGCACUGAGGAACAACAACAGGAAAAGAAUCAACCAGCGGGAGAAAAAUCUUCCAAAGUUAUUUCAUCGUCUGUGUCCGACGAAGAAAGUCUGAUGAAAUUGAAUAAGAUCGAAGAACCGAGCAUGGGAAGUAGUACAAAUGACCUAGAAGACUUCUGGUGGCAGGGCGAUGAUAAAGAGGAGACCAAUGGAUCAGAUUCGUCUUCAAGUGAUUCACAGGAAUUGAGGCAUAGUCGAGUCACUUUCUAUCAGUCCGAAGAUUCUGAUGAAGGAGCGGAAUGCCGGGAGACUGGAAGCGAGUCCAGUAAAGAACACGUGCAACUGCUGUACCUGUACAUCCAAAUGGAGUACUGCGGGGAAAGCACUUUAAGGAACCUCAUUGACGAGGGCUUGCAUAAAGAUAAGGAGCGAAUUUGGAGGCUUUUUAGAGAAAUCGUGGAAGGGCUGGUGCACAUUCAUUCUCAGGACAUCAUUCAUUGGGAUCUUAAGCCCGAAAACUUGUUCCUAGAUUCCCUCGGCCACAUCAAAAUAGGCCACUUCGGCCUCGCAACCACGCAAGUCAUGACACGCGGAGGCAUGGACACUGACGGCCCAGAUGAAGUUGCUCAGGGCCAGUCUCCUAAAAUGGACUCAAGCACAAGCGAAAGUAUGACUAGCAAAGUUGGUUCGACGCUGUACGCUGCUCCGGAGGUAGGCAAACAGUCUGACGGCCGGGUGAGGUACAGUCAAAAGGUUGACUUGUAUAGUCUGGGGAUUAUCUUCUUUGAGAUGUGCCACAUGCCGUUAACAACUUCUGUGGAAAGGGUUAAAGUUUUGGGCGAUCUCCGAACGGAAGGGAUCAUCUUCCCGACUGAUUUUGACCACGAGGGCCUUGUCAAGGAAACGGUCGUCCUGAAGUGGCUCCUCAAACAUACGCCUGAGGAACGCCCUACCUCUCAAGAACUACUUCAAAGUCAGUUUGUCCCGCCCACGCGGAAAGUUUGAGGACAAGGAAAGAUGCGUAAAAGUUGACGAGGCGUAAUUGAGUAACCCAAGCUUCUUGAUUGCUUUCUAAAUUCGCCAACUGCUUUUCCAUAUCUCGAAUUAUUCUAUAACAUUUUCAGCUCUAGUUUUAAGGAAGUAUGAUGGGAAAAUUUCCUCUGCUUCGACUAUUGGCUUACACACUUUGGCGUGCGUAUUGAGAUCAAUGAUAAGUUGAAGCCAUCUAUUGUCAUCAUCAUCAUCAUCAUCAUUUAUUGUACUUUUUUGAAAAUUAACGAUAUAUAAAAUUAUAGCUCAUAGUUAUCAAUUAUCAAUUAUCAAUAAGUAAGGUGAGGAGACCUCAAGAAACCACCGGGCUUACUGAUGGGAAAGGCCACCUCACAAUGAUAUUUUUAGAAAACAAGUGCUGCAAGUGUAUGGUUUAGCCAAUUCUUUGAUUGUUUUUUAGUAAAAAAUCUUGCGUUUUCGUUUUUAAGCUAAGAAGAUUUGACGAUAGAGUUACUGAUACAGGAUGAGGGUUCCAGAUUUAACAAAUGGUAAACACCACAGCGUACACUAUUGAGUUAUGGAUACACGCGGGAGGUUGCUAAGCACGAAAG